GCUCAGCCUGCUGACAAGUUGACAGUCACGCUUCAACAAGACGUCGUUGUUUACAGCACAACAAUACAUAUCGCAUUAACUAACUGUGUUGGGAAUCGUAAGGUAUAACCAAUUGGCAGACAUAAUCACUCACAUUACACAAGCCAUAUUACUGUUCAGUCCCUUUUUAAAAUAAUCAGAGAUCAUGAGAUCAUCCAGACCAGCAACCGCCUAUCCAUGGGCAUGGGCCAGUCGUUACUGCAUCAGACGUCAACAUAUGACCGCGUGUUGAUCAUGUAGGCUAUAUCAAGAGAUCAUUAUUUGAGUAUCAUCAAUAUUAUGACCAGUCAGGUGGUCUCCACAGGCAGGGAAUGCUGUGUUGCUUCAUGUUUCAACAAGGAAUAUCAGGUGGAUGGCACAAAGUCACAAAUACAUUUCUUCCACAUUCCAAAGGUCGUUCUCCAAACUAGAAAACUUAAGGAUGAAUGGUGUAACCUAAUUAAACGCAGAGAUGGGAAAGAUAAUUUUCAUAUGACUGAGUCCACUGUUAUUUGUUCUGAGCAUUUUAAUAAGGAAAGGGAUAUCAAAAUUUCUAUUGGUACAAAGAGAUGGAAUCUUCUUCCUGGUGUUCGACCUACAGUGUUUAGCUGGACCAAGCAAGUGACUCGACGAAAGCCACCAAUAAACAGGAUUCCGUUUAAGGUCAUUGAUGAAAACGAAAGUACUGGCUAUGGGGACACCACUCACCAUCCAAGUGGUGGCACUUUGUCGGAACAUCAUGAAGAGGAAUCUGGUGUUGGCAUUCAGACUGAACCGAUGUUGACUGUUGACACGGGAACACAGACAGAAUGGUUCGACUCUGGGGAUCACAGAUAUUCAGCUGAUAUGUGUGGGGGAGUUAGUACCAAUAUUCAAGCUUUAGAUGAUGAAGUGAACAUUCUUAAGGCAAAACUUGAGGAAAGUAACCUUGUUAUAGAACAAUUAAGUAUACAACUGAGUGAAUUUGAGAUCAACCAGUUUUCAUAUGAAAAAAUCAAGGAAGACUCCAAAGCUAUGCAGUUUUAUACUGGAUUUCAGAACAAGGGAAUAUUUGAAUCUGUUUUCCUUUAUCUUGAAAAAAAGGCAGAAAAAUUACAGUAUUGGAGAGGUCAAAGUGAGGUUUCUGAAACAAAACUGUACCAGUCCAAAGGCAGUAAACCUGGACAGAAAAGAAAGCUGAGUUUGAAAGAAGAAUUUUUCAUUGUUUUAUUACGUCUGAAAGUUGGACUGUUUGUGCGGGAUAUUUCUGAACGUUUUAACAUUUCACAGGGUCAGUUCUCCAAAGUAUUUACAACCUGGGUUAACUUUCUCUAUCACGAGCUUCCAAUCAUGUUCCCUUUUCCAUCCAGAGAGCUCAUUAGAGAAAAUCUACCAGAUUCUUUCAAACCAUAUCCCUCAACUAGAAUCAUCUUAGAUUGCACAGAAGUAUUUGUCAAAGUGCCAUCAGCAAUGCUAGCACAAUCGGAGACGUGGUCUAACUACAAACAUCACAAUACGUAA